AUGGACAACCAGUACAACCCUAAUUCAUACAUUGCGCCGUACAAUCCGGGGAACCAACAGCAACAGCCUCUGGGUUCUUUCGGCGGCCUGCCACCGCAGCAUCACCAGCAGGAGUCGCCCAGCCAUGCUACCCUCCCACCUUUACAGAGUCAGAAUGGAGGCUAUCAGUACGGCGGGAUGGGCUUCGGCCAUGCUGGCAGCCAGUCGCAGACCCCAACGACGCCGCACACACCCGUGUCAGGGUCGAUGAACGGCAGCAACAGCAAUGCAUACCAGCACAUGUCUACCAACCCACACCAAGGCUCCAUGCUUCCACCCUCGAGCUACCACCAGGCCUACAGCUCGCAGUCCAUGCAGUACCAAUCAUCCUCAGCCACCUCUAUGCCACCCACCAGCGCAUCCGUUGGCCUCCCGAACCUCCGCCCUAUGCCUCCAGGUGGGAUGACCGGCUUGCCAAGUCUGUCCACCGGCGGCCAGCUCGGCCAGCAGCCAUCAUUCAUGCAGAACGAGGAGACACCUACACAUGUGGUCGGCUCGCAAGGUAGGAGAGGCAUCCUGCCCAGUGCGCCUGGACGGCCGAACCCGCCGGCGCAGGGUACUCAACAGAACACAAAGAGCUUGAUUCCACAGAAGGACGCGGAUGGAAAGUUUCCGUGUCCACACUGCAACAAGACAUACCUUCAUGCGAAGCAUUUGAAGAGACAUCUCUUGAGGCACACCGGCGAUCGACCUUACAUGUGCCACUUGUGCAAAGACACCUUCUCUCGCAGUGACAUCUUGAAGCGCCACUUCCAAAAGUGCUCGAUACGGCGAGGCAAUCCCACCGGAGCGAACCACCUUGCGCAUCAGCGUCGCAAUACCAACGGCACUAACCGGCUAUCUAUGGGCCAGCAAGAUGGUCCCAUUGGUUUGGCCGGUCUGCAGGAAGUCUCUGGAAACAACUACACCGACGGCAUGACGGCCAGCCCUACAGUGAACGGAGACGUCUCGGGCCGGUCGUCACGCGCCAACAGCAUCAUCUCGCCUGCGCAAAUGAGCCACCGCGGCAGCAUCGCCGGUCUCGGAAUACUGGGAUCGAACGCCGGGCAGAGCGAUCCGAUGGGAAGCUCGGCAGCGUACCAACCCGGCAUGACAGCCUACUCCACGCCCAACUCGAGCGGCGCCAGUACCAUGCACAACAACUAUGCUUUCAACAAUCCUCAGAUGAGUGGAAACGUCUUCAACACCCAGUCUCAGAUGCCUUUUUUAGGCCAUCAGAGCUCGCGCUUCGGCAACAGCCAUGAGAACAGCCCUCACCAGAAUGGUGAUGGCAGCGGUAUGCCCGAAUGGAACCGCAUGUUCAACUCAACCGGCCAGGAUGGCUUUAUCGGGAGCCAGCCUGCGAACACGAGCUCGCAACAAAUACACGUCAAGACCGAAAAUGAGACCAAGCCCAACUUCACGAUGCACGACGACAUGAGCAGCCAGUCUUUUUUAGGUAGCCUGUACUCGCAUCCGAAUGCCUUUGGGAGCGAGUACGGGGAAAACGAUCACGGCAUACUUGGAUUCCCGAACUGGAGUCCAGACGAUCCUCUGCAGAGCAAGGUCGACAGCUUGAUACAAUAUUGCUUCCCGCAGGGGAUUGAGGCUGCACAGGGCGAGCAGACUGCGCAUCUUGUCAGGGAGUGUCUGACACUGGAUAACGUCAAGCAUUUUGCGGAGCAUUACACUUCAUUCCACGGACACUGGCCGAUUCUGCACAUGCCAACUUUCAAGAUCACGGAUGCCAACGACGGACUUGUCCUGGCAAUCAUCUGCAUUGGAGCGAUUUACAGCCCGAAGAUGAGUGUGGCCAAAACGCGACAAAUGAUGGAUUUUGUACAUUCCACCAUCAUGACCAACUGUACAGUCUACAAUCGCACGAUGACCGGACAAAUUGCUGGACUGGGCAGCAGCUCGUGGGAAACGGACGAGAUGCAGGCAUUGAUCAUUCUUCAAGUGAUGAUGACUUGGCAUGGCGAGCCGCAUCAGCGCCAGACCGCACGGAAUGAGUUGCCAGCUGUCGUACGAACAGCCAGAGCGAUGGGUCUUUGCUACGCGACGCCCCCUGGUCACUACGCCUACAGUGUGUUGCAUUUUGGCCAGCACCACGCGAACGCGCAGGUUGAUGUCGGCAGCUGGCGAUGGCACGGAUGGCUGGAGCAGGAAAGACGCAACCGCGCGCUCUACAUGUUGUUCCUGUCAGAUGCAGCGUCGGUGAUGUAUUUCAACAACGUACCGCAGCUGGACGCGUUCGAGAUACGCCUGAGCUUGCCUGCAGAUGACGCUGCUUGGGAUGCGAAAGAUCCGGAGUCUUGUGCUAGCGCGCUCGGCUUGUACGGUCCACAGGCGCAGAUCAAGAAUCAAUCUGGUACGCGGCGUCCUCGACAGCCUGGCAUGCGCGAAGCGAUGCGCACACUCAUGGAUCCCAGCGUCAACUUCCAGCCCAGUGCAACGAACGCUUAUUCGAAGUUUGUGCUCAUUCACGCUCUGAUUGUUCGGAUCAUCGCGUGCCAGAAGACAGUCCUACUGCAGCAGGAGAACGCCUUUCAAGGCUUCAACAUGAGCGGCAGCACACCCGCCACUCCCCUCUCCCAAAACGACUGGCUCGAACAACGCAGCGGCAGCGCCACCAGCAGCGGCCACGUCACCCCCACCGACGGCCUCACCUCCACCACCGCCGCCCAGCAGGAAAAGAAACGGCUCGACUUCGCCCUUGCCCGCUGGAAGCGCACCUGGGACAGCGACAUGGACCUGCAAUACCCGCCCUCGUCCGCGCAACUCCGGCGCUUCGGCUUCAGCCGCGACGGCGUGCACUUCUUCUACCUCGGCCGCAGCUUCCUGCAGACGCACCGCGCGACGGACUGGACGGCGCCGCCGGACGUGCGCUUCAAGCAGGUCAUGUCGUACUUGAAGCGCAUCAAGAGCAUGGUGGUGGGCGACAACGAGAGCAAAGGGCAGGAUAUCGGGAGUGUGGGGGACAUUGACGAGAUGUAUGGGGUGGAUGAUUUGACGCUUGAUAGUGAGUUCAUCACCACCUCUUUUGCGACUUUGUGGACGUUUGCUGAUGAUGUGACAGUGAAAUUGCUCUUCAAACCGUACAACAGCCAGAUCGACAGCCCGGUCGCGAGUGUUCAGACGCACUCCUUUUAG